AUGAACAUUCUCACGCGUCCUCUUGACCUUUCCUGGAUAUUCAUUAACCAUUGCACAAUGGUAAACGAACGGUGCGAAAUAUGGCUACCUACCCAACAAACCUGGCAACUACCAGUGAAAGGAAGAAAGCCGUUUGCCGCGAAGUCGUUUACACCAACUAAGCAGUUACAAGCUAUUGAACAGGAAAGUAAACGUCUCCUAUGCACAUAG